CUUACAGUGAAGCACUCUCUGAAGUAUUUCUACACUGCGUCCUCUCAAGUCCCAAACUUCCCAGAGUUUGUGGCUGUUGGGAUGGUUGAUGAUGUUCAGAUUGAUUAUUAUGACAGCGACACGAAGAAAACUGUGCCCAAACAGGACUGGAUAGCCAGGAACACAGAUCAGCAGUACUGGGAGAUGGGGACUGAAGUAAGAAAGGGUCACCAGCAGCUGUUCAAAGCCAACAUUGAGAUUUUAAAGCAGCGCUUCAACCAAACUGGAG